UUCCACUGAACCAUCAGCAUUGCAUUUUUCAAACAACUGAAUUAAGAACGAACCUCGUUGGGAGAGCAAUUUGAUGACUGAAAUCAGACGGUCAUAGUUUUGUCUCUUCGGCUACCCAAUGCUCUUAACUCACAAACGGUGCAGAUCGGUUGAGAAAUAAGGAUUUUCUUAACUAAAAUGAGCUCCGUGCUGCCGUACGCUUAUUGCAAUUGACAGCGUCUGCAGCUCUUUUCAAGAUGGCCGCUUGGCUCGUAUUCAUUUUCUGCUGAUCGACUUCUAACUUUGAUUGUUUAUCCCUACCAAGUCUAACCGACCCGCAGCAGAGUUUCGCGGACUUUUCCUUCCAUGACGAUGCACCGAACAACAAGAAUUAAGAUUACAGAGCUAAAUCCGCAUUUGAUGUGUGUGUUGUGUGGUGGAUAUUUCAUAGACGCAACCACCAUCAUAGAGUGUCUGCACUCAUUCUGUAAAAUGUGCAUUGUGCGCUAUCUGGAGACCAGCAAAUACUGUCCCAUUUGUGAUGUCCAGGUUCACAAAACAAAGCCUCUUCUAAACAUUAGGUCUGACAAGACUCUUCAGGACAUUGUGUAUAAGCUGGUUCCUGGUCUCUUCAAAAAUGAAAUGAAGCGGAGGAGGGAUUUUUAUGCAGAGCAUCCAUCAGUAGAUGCUGCAAAUGGAUCGAAUGAAGACCGAGGAGAGGUGGCAGAUGAAGACAAGAGAAUAAUCACAGAUGAUGAGAUAAUCAGCCUUUCCAUCGAAUUCUUUGACCAGAACAAGAUAGAAAAACAAGCCAAUGCAGAAGAAAAGAAAACAAAAGAAGAGGUAAACAACAAAAGGUAUUUGCAGUGUCCUGCUGCAAUGACGGUGAUGCAUUUGAGGAAAUUUCUAAGAAGUAAGAUGGAUGUUCCAUGCACCUUUCAGAUUGAAGUAAUGUACGAAGAUGAACCGUUGAAGGAUUACUACACAUUAAUGGACAUUGCCUACAUCUACACCUGGAGACGGAAUGGACCCUUGCCUUUGAAAUACAGAGUUCGUCCCAACUGUAAGAAGAUGAAGAUCAGCCCCUCGCAGGAGGGGCUAAACAGCUCCAGCCGCGCUGCAAUGGAGAGCGACUCUGCGAGCGACAAGGCCAGCAGCCCAGCUGGCGUGCCUUCCACUUCCUCAUCGCUGCCCAGCCCCAGCACCCCGGUUCAGUCCCCGCACCCGCACUUCCCCCACAUCUCCACCGCGGUCAACGGGAACACCGCGGAGGCAAGCUCUAACCGGCAGACCCCCUUCUGCGGCAAAGCGCGCAAGGCCUCUGUCAAUGGAUCCUCUACAUCUUCGGGAUGACUGUCACAAGGCUCCGCUGCCAGUGUCAGAUCAGCCAGCUCUUUCCAUGCCAAUGUAGCUCUACUGUAGAUCGUUUCUUUUUUAAUCAUUGUCAUUGUUGCUCUAAUUAUAUCAUGUAUGUGCAAGAUUAUGACUCAAAUGUAAUUACAUUGCAGUCAGAAUAGUGGGGAUGGACAGAUCAGUUUGUGUUAUACAGGUGACAUCGUCGGCUGGGAGGCAGCACACAAUAUUCUAUGUAGGGUGGUUUAAAUAGGAACAUUUAACAGAGGAGCUUUGAAAAUUCUCAUUAAACGGAGCAACUGAAGAUUACUUUUGUAGAUUUUUUUUUUUAACUUUUGGUUUGCUCCACCAAAUUCAAAGUGUUACAUGUUGCCUCUAUUUUAAUGUGCAUUGCAGUAGGCUUUUCAAAUGGUAAGACUUGUUCAGACUUUCUGAUCCCAAAUUUUUCCUUUGGAACUGUAAAAAUACACCCAAUUUAACUGCUAUUGAUGAAACUGUGUCUAAGCAAAUAAAAUGUUUAAUGUGUAGUUCAGAUAGAUGCAAAUCUGUAAAACUGACACAUGGGUACAUUAUAGAGGUUGACGUGGAGCAGUUAAAAUGAUUCGGUGAAGAUUGUUCCCGCAACUACUAAACUAUGUAAUUAGCAGCAGUAUUAAGACAUGUAGACCACACUGCGAAGUAUUAUAUGAGGGGCCUGAAAACAUUCAGAUGUUUUAGUUAUUAAUUCUGUUUAGUUUUAAUAAGCUCUGCAUUUUUUAUGCCGUUGUGGGACUGAGUGCUUCAAUUCAAUCUGCUAAAUGCCCAAAGUUCGUUUUGAACACUGCAGGGCAAGAAGUCAGGCUCAAGAUAUGGAAAUGUAUAUAGGCCUAUAUGUGCAUACUUAUCUAGCCACUAUAGAGCCGGAAAAAAAUAUGAACAAAGCUUGUUGUCUGAAGAAGGGGUUGACCUCUGUAUAACCAUGUGAGGAAGUCAGUUUCAUGCUAGAAGACAAAUGUUUUGAUGUCUCCACAGUGUUCUAAAUAUUUGU